AUGGAGAUAAUCAAAGAACAGGUGAGUAUAGUGAGAGUGCUCCUUGUGAUCCCCUAAAAACCAGUGGGAUCUGUUAGGGGUGUCCAGUAGACAGUAAUGUGCAGCUGAGGAUGUAAUGUUUCCUCCAGCUUGUGGGAUGGGGAUCACUAUUCAUAACUGUAAUUAUUACAUGAUCACAAACAAAAAACUGAUAACGGUAUGAUAUUCUAUUUUACUGAACAAACUCUUAGUAUUUAUGAAAAAAAUAGCAAUUUAAUUUGUGUUAACACAGAGCAGCAAAUUCCCAGAUUUAUUUUCCCUCUUUAUACUAUAAUACAGCAGGAGGUGUGUCCCGAGUCUCCAGAAAUGGAGACAGAGUCGCAGAAUGAAGAGAACAAGAAGGAACAGCUGAUUGAAGAAGAUUCUGAGAAGAAAGAAGAGAAAUUAAAGAAUCAUUACGAGAGACUUCUGAAACUUGUGAGUGCUCCCAGGGGUGUAACUGGCAACCACUGGGACCUGGUGCAAGAAUCAAAGAAUCUCAGUCCCCCUGAGCAAUAAAUCUGAGUGGGAUGAUAGGAUGAGUCUGACUGCGUGUGGAGUUGGAUGAUUGUUGUAACCGUAAAGGGAUACCCUGGGCCCAUUAACAACUUAAUCAAUUAAAGUUGUUAUGGUGCCAGGAAGUCCUAUGUGCCUUCCUACCUCAAAGAGUUAAACUGUCUAUGAUUGGUUUAACCCUCUCUACUCUACCCAGCCCUCUCCACUGAUUCUGCAUUCAAUCAGGAAACCACAGACUUGGUAGCCCUGACUAAUUCCCAAUUUAUGAAACUGAGUGUAAAAGGUACUUUUUAUGAAUGAGUUGUGUUUAGGAUCAGGGUGCUGUGAAUUCGGUGGUGUACCAGUGUGACAUGCCCAUAAAUCUCAAUGUAUGGUAUAUCUCAAAAGAGUGCCAAUGUGUUUAUGGUAACGCUGGGGUGUGUUUGUGUGAGGGUUUAUGUACAGUAGAAUAUAAGUGUGUAUUUGUGUGAUGUGUUUUCUUUCUUUAGGGACCCAGUCACAUUUAGCAGUACUAUUUUUAUUUUGUAUCUCUGUGUAUAAAAUAACAUUUGUAGUGUCACACAUAAAAUUCCAUAAAAGUUGAUACAUGAUCAUUUUCAAGGGACUCAUUAAACAAAUACAUUCUGAUUUUAUUUUUCUUUUGAUUUGUAGCAUGCAAAUGCCAUCGCACUUGCAUACCUAGCGGGCUUAGCCAAGAAAAUUUCUAGCCAAACUGAGGCCGAGCCCCUGGGUACGUGUGAGAGUGCCCCAUCUGCACAGAUCGAGAUCCGAGACCAGGUAAAGAUGUAUGCAGUGUGGCUGCUUAGUCCUUAAGGUUUGGGGUCACUAGAUUUUGACUAGAGGUAGAGAUUUUACUAGGGAAAAAUCCCUGAACUUUCUUAUACCAGAGAAAGAAAGAUAACAAUACUCUCAACAAUACAGAAACAAAGAUCUUAAUAGCAUAAUUUCGUAAUACUAUUUAAUGCUAUGGUGGGGAUAAAUUACUUAUUUAGAAUAAAUAGUUUUUUCUGCUUACAGUUUGAUUAUUGUAGUAUUGUAGUAACUGCAUGUCACAUAGCAAAGCAUAGCACAUUGUGUUGACUUGUUAUAUCCUGUGAGUUCGCUUUCUAUUUUAUUCAUUUCUUUAUAGAGAGAUCAUUAUAUAUAUUAUAUAUAUAUCUACAGGUUACACACCUUUUUCAUCAAUGUUAAUGAGUAGCAAUGCAAAAUGAGCUCCUUCUAUUAAUACUUUCUGAUAUUUUGUUUCCUUUUCAUGGGUAGCAUGCUCAAGAUGGACCUUUACUGGAAAAGUCAAGCGAAGCUAAAGACAACUGUGAAAUAGUUACGGAGGAUGUAGGACCUGACACCCAGGAAAGACCAGGUCAGAGCGAGACAGAAAGAACUGAUGAUAUGGAGGAUGUAGGACCUGACACCCAGGAAAGACCAGGUCAGAGCGAGACAGAAACAACUGAUGAUACGGAGGAUGUAGGACCUGACACCCAGGAAAGACCAGGUCAGAGCGAGACAGAAACAACUGAUGAUACGGAGGAUGUAGGACCUGACACCCAGGAAAGACCAGGUCAGAGCGAGACAGAAACAACUGAUGAUACGGAGGAUGUAGAACCUGACACCCAGGAAAGACCAGGUCAGAGCGAGACAGAAACAACUGAUGAUACGGAGGAUGUAGGACCUGACACCCAGGAAAGACCAGGUCAGAGCGAGACAGAAACAACUGAUGAUAUGGAGGAUGUAGGACCUGACACCCAGGAAAGACCAGGUCAGAGCGAGACAGAAAGAACUGAUGAUACGGAGGAUGUAGGACCUGACACCCAGGAAAGACCAGGUCAGAGCGAGGCAGAAACAACUGAUGAAAUAGAAAUCCUGAGUGAGUCAGACGAAGGCACCAAAGAAGAGAAGGAGGGAAAAAAGAAGAGAAAAAGGGGAUCCUGCCUGAGACGGGUGUUGCGAGCUCUGUGCUGCUGCAUCCCCAGAAAACUAAAGAAAGCGGAGGUUAACACACCCGAGAUCUCAGAUGUAGUCAUAUAUCAGGUCCAUGGACUUCACAAUUCCACCAGUGAAAGCAGCACAGAGAGCAAAGGCGCCGUUUCCACCCACUCCUCACUUCAUUCGGAGCCAAGUGGAGGUCUUCUGCGGAAAUGUGUAAACAGCGUGUCUCGAUUGAGAAUGAGGAAACAAACAAACUCUUCAUAA